CUGGAGAACUUUUGGAAUGUGUCUUCUCUUGGUCCUCUGAUUGCUAGCCGAGCUCAUAUCCCAGCUUGAAGAGAAAGAAGAGGUGUUUCUUGGGAUCUUUGAUGAAGAGGAGGAACUGCCAGGGGAAGUGUGUGAUCCAGCAUAUGAAAUGAAAGAGCACUGUGUGAAUGAAAAAGGAGAUACAUAUUCAGAUGGAAAAGACAGCACUGAAUAUUUACGUGCUCUGAAAAAUAAAGACGGAAAAGAGCCAAUUAAAGAGAGGUGUAAUUCUGGUCCUUUCCAGGAGGGCGAUUUGCAUAAAGCGGCAGCAGUUAAUAAAAUUAAUGAAAAAUACGAGAGAAGUGAGGACGCUGCAAUUGGGGAAGGGCAUUUUGAAAAAUCAGAUAAAAGAAUUCACACACGGGAGACCAACUAUAAAUGCUUGGAUGGUGGAAACAGCUUCAACAACUGUGGAAGCCUUGUUUCCCCUCAAAAUCUUAAAGAUCAGAAACCGUAUAAAUGCCUGGAGUGUGGAAAAACCUUCAGUCACAGCACAAGACUUACUUCCCAUGAACGAAUUCACACAGGGCAGAAACCAUAUGAAUGUCUGGAGUGUGGAAAAGCUUUCAGUCACAGCACAAGCCUUACUGCACAUCACAGCGUUCACACAGGGGAGAAACCAUACAAAUGCCAGGAGUGUGGAAAAGCCUUCAGUCAGAGAGUAUAUCUUACUUCCCAUCAAAGUGUUCAUGCAGGGCAGAAACCUUAUAAUUGCCUGGAGUGUGGAAAAAGCUUCCGUGAGAGUGGAAAACUUAUUUCUCAUCAAAGAAUUCAUACAGGGGAGAAACCAUAUAAAUGCCUGGAGUGUGGAAAAGACUUCAGUCAGAAAUCAAAUCUUACUUCCCAUCAGAAAAUUCACACAGGGGAGAAACCGUAUAAAUGCCUGGAGUGUGGAAAAGUCUUCAGUCAGAGCACAAGUCUUACUAAACAUCAGAGAAUUCACACAGGGGAGAAACCAUAUAAAUGCCUGGUGUGUGGAAAAAGCUUCAGUCAGAGCACGAGUCUUACUUCACAUCAGAGAAUUCACACAGGGGAGAAACCAUAUGAGUUUUCUAUUGUCUCACUGUGGUCCUUUAUGCAUGCAGUACUUACCCCAAGGCUGUUUGCUCUGAGUGAGGUCUCCCUGCAUUUCUUUGUUUACAUGAGUGGAGAUCUGCACUAA